UAAAGAUCCUGCCAGGCGACAAGACGCGGAGCCGGUGGAGACGGAGAACGACGUCAAGCCAGCACUCGUGUCGCCUUGGGGUUGCAUUUGUAUACUACCUGCGCACAAUGCGAUGCAUCAUGCCACACCACACCUAUAUACCUAAGGACUGGGACUGCAGUCUUUGGCAAAGGUAAACAGGAAGUACACUCUGCGCAAUAGCUGUUCCCCAUCAUGUCUUCUACUACUUCUCCCGUACCUAAACAGAUCCUCAUCAUUGGAGCGGGGGAGUUUGGCCUGUCCACCGCACUCUCCCUCCUUUCCAAUCCCACCUAUAAAUCCUCACUCAUCACAAUUGUCGAGUCCUCUCCCUCUCUUCCCAAUCCCUUUGGCUCAUCCGUCGAUGCCAGUCGCAUCGUCCGUGCCGACUAUGCUUCCCGUCCAUACUCCAAACUCGCCCUCCAGGCUCAGAUAUUGUGGCACGACAAGAGUCCGGACGGAUGGGGUGGUGAAGAGAGAUACCACGAGCCAGGAUUUGUCUUGACCGAAGACAAAGGCGCAGGGGGUUAUUUGGGAGAAUCUCUGGCUAACGUUAGAUCUUUGGCAAAGGAAAACGCAGAAUUUGGCUCAGAUCUGAACAAGAUCAAAGUGUUGAAUGGACAGGAUGACAUCCGGGCUGCGACAGGCUAUGAUGGCGUGAGCGGUGAUAGUGGUUAUGCCAACUUCAACUCGGGAUGGGCCAAUGCCGAAUUUGUCGUAUCAUAUGCGCUGAAGAAAAUCAAGCAACACCCUGCAAGUGACCGAGUCACCAUUCGCCCUGACGUCCACAUUGACCAUUUACUUUUCUCCAACGACAAUGUCAUCGGUGCAGAAACCAGAAGUGGGGAGCAGAUCACGGCUGAUUUGACAGUAAUAGCUGCUGGCGCAUGGAGUCCUGCCUUGAUCAACCUGCAAGGAAGAUGUCUCGCCACCGGUCAGGCACUUGCCUACUAUGACCUCACCUCGGAAGAACAAAAAGCCAUGGAGCAUCGGCCGACAAUCAUGAACAUGAGUCGCGGUACUUUCAUAAUUCCUCCACGAGCGCAGGAGUUGAAAAUCGCCAGGCAUGGAUAUGGGUAUAGAAGCAUGGUGAAAAUCCCGAUGAAGAAGAUCGAUCCGUUGUCAGACCAAGAUGGAGAAGUCGAAAUCAGUUUGCCACAAACGGCCAUUCCGAUCCCUCUUGAAGCAGAAGAAAUGCUGCAUGCAGAACUAGCAGCACUUGUCCCCCAUAUGAAAGAUCGACCUCUGAAAAAGAGCCGAAUCUGUUGGUAUUGUGACACGCCAUCUGGAAACUUUCUCAUUACAUACCAUCCAACAUAUAAAAAUCUCUUCAUCGCGACAGGCGGUUCAGGUCACGGAUUCAAGUUCUUCCCAGUCAUAGGCGACAAGAUUGUAGCCGCGAUCGAAGGAACACUGGACCCCGAACUGAAGCAGAUAUGGCGUUGGAGGAGUGAUGACGAGUUGAGAAAGGAAAUUGGAGGAGAACUACAUGAAUUUUCUGGCUGCGACGAUGGGAGUCGGUCAGGACGGAGAGGGAUGAUCCUAGAGGAAGAACUCAAAAGGACCAGGUAGACAAUCACGGCAGAAAGACACACCAGAGAGAUUAUGACUCGUCCAUACAUAGUACUUAGACAACAUGAUUCAUGAUUGAUUAGAUUUCAUUACUGA